CUCUUACAACAGCACUCAUGGCAAGCUCAAAGCGCGGUGCAUUCAUAGUCAUUGAGGGACUAGAUAAAUCAGGAAAGACUACCCAAGCCUCUAUCCUUCACGACCGUCUUCAGGAUCAGCGAGAUGCAGGGGCUACAGCACCAAAGGUAGUCAAGCUACACUUCCCCGACCGUACGACAGCCAUCGGCAAGAUGAUCGAAGCGUACCUCCAUUCCGAGUCUGAGCUAGAUGACCGCGCUAUUCACCUGCUCUUCUCUGCUAACCGCUGGGAACUUGCAUCUACGAUUUCAGCUCAUCUUGCACAAGGGACGACCGUCCUCGCUGAUCGAUAUUCGUUCUCUGGUAUCGCAUAUUCAGUUCGUAAGGGACUACCGUACGAAUGGUGUCGUGCUCCUGAGGUCGGACUGCCUGCGCCAGACCUUACACUAUUCCUCAAUAUCAGUCCAGAGGUCGCAGCUACGAGGGGUGGGUAUGGACUAGAGAGGUACGAGAAAGAAGAAGUGCAGAAAGGCGUGAGGCAGGUAUUCGAUCAGAUUGGGCGAGCGGUGCAGGAACACGGCGAAAAGGGCGAGGGUAAGUGGGUGGAGAUUGAUGCAGGGAAAACAAAGGAAGAAGUUGCGGAAGAUGUUUGGAAUGCGGUGGAACCGCUUGCCAGCGGCGUUCAAGGAUCUAUCAGUGGGUUAUGGGAAUAAAUAACUCUUUAAUCCCAGAUACGCGAGGUGGAAGCUGAGCGCACUGCGUUGUAAAAUAGUCGAGAGCAAAUAUUACAUGCCAACAUCUGACAGUACACAGCUCUGCAUUGUGAAAUCUGAAACACAACAACGUUGUGGUGUGAGGGCACG